UAUCUGCAGAUCUGCUGAAAGGUCGUAAGUCGUGAACGUAUGAACUCGGAGCCCCGCGUACUAUCUUGGUUGAUGGAAGCGCCGUAAGUGUGACAAUUGUGGGUGGUUUCGAACUUCUGUUGAUUUGUUGAAAUCCACGAAGUGUGACUCACAACUGUACCAUCAACAUCCAUCCCAAUCUUGAGGCAUCUCCGGUCGAGAUCGCCUUGUCUAUAGCCUGUAAUUCAAAGUUCCUGCACGACCAGACACGGGAAAAUCUAUAUAACAAAUAUUUGUGACAACAUGAGCAUGAACGAUGUUCAACGCCCUGGCAGCGGGCCAUUGCGCUUGGUCGUCUUACUACUCAACAUCCUCGCGUUUGGCCCGCUCCGGGUGAUUUUUGGAUGGGUGCUGAUGAUCAUAUGGUUGCCUGUGCGAGCUCUUCUUUGGUUCAUGGGUAUAGGAAGGGGAGCACCAAAGAAAGGUGCGUGUUCUUUGUCCCUUACUCGUUGUGCAACAUGGCUGACAAUCAAUUCAUGCGUUACGUAUGUAGGUUCGGCGGCAGCCACAGCGCGAUUCUAUGAAUUUAAAAAGAGACGAGCCGAGGGACUGGAAGAACAGACGAGGGGAAAGAUAAUUUGGAGGACUUGAGG